AACGGCACCAAAAGAAGGAAGGACCGGAAGUUUACCAAAAUUCACCUGACCUGUCUGUCUGAUAAAUUGUGAGCUAAUGUAGUUUUUUUUGGUUCAUUUGGUCUUUAAAGCUGCGGAACGUCGAGACAGAUGGACUCAAAGGGACCGUCGCUUUACGCGCAGGCAGGCCCCUCGGCAGAUAUGACACGAAGCAUAGAGGAAGACUCUUUGGUGGAUGGGCCCCUGAUCUCUGCUGAUGCCCUCCACUCUGCCAUCAGGAGAGAGUUUCAGACUGUGCCAACACACUGCCAUGCUUUCCUGCUGUCUCUGCUGCAUGUUUUGUAUGUUGUGUUGUCAGUAUGUGUGGCAGUGCUGUGUGUGUUAAAAUUUGGCCAAGAGGAAGUGUGUAUGAGUAUUUUGCGUAACGUCCAAGGCGACAGUGUCAUUGUGUUUGGGAAGACGUGUUUAUGGCUGCUGGUGCUGGUGUUCACGGGCUGCGUGCAGCACCACCACAGCUGGGCCCGGAGCAGAGGAUACCUGCGGUUCUACAGACGGACGCAGGGACUGAAACAGCUGCCGCUCAUCAUACACUCUGCAGGAAAUGUUCUGCUGAUGACGCUUCUGGCAGCGAGAUUGCCACAGACUCUACACAUCUACAUUCUACUCAGUAUUUUGGGGUUGGAGUUCUUGGUGGCAGUGCCAUGCCUGCUAUAUUACAUAGUUAAAGUGAUGCGGUUCAACAGAGAGCGUGCUGCACCAGAUGUGAGCCAAGAAGAACUUUCACACACCUACAGCAUCACGGACAUACCAACUGAGACCGGCUUCAGAGGAGGCUCUACUCUGGAGGAGGUGGUGGAGAAACAGGCUGAUCUGAUAGAGUACCUGAAACAGCACAACACCAUACUGAGCAAGAGGCUGCUCAACCUCACCGCUCAGCACUAACCACAGUUUGGCCUCCUCCUCCGUGCGAGUCAGAUGAGGACACCCUCCAACGCUCAGGAGAAGAAAAGAUCAGAGGGUUUCAAAGAAGAGUGACGCUGUAGGCAACACUGGACUAAAGAAGGCCAAUGCACUUGUACACACACACUGAGCCGAGAGGGCUCCUCUGUUAGGCGUCUUCACCUGAGAUGGACAGAUAAUGGAGGAGGAGGUGAACUGAAAGUGCAGGGCAGUUAAAGAGGCAGAGCGGAGAAGUCGUGGGUCACAGAUCUGAGGUGGGGGGUGGGGUGGGGUAUCACUGAGUUACAACCCUCAGAGGCCUGCAUGUGCUGCUGCUUUUAUUACUUUAAAAGAAACAGAAUUGUUUAAAAGAUCAUCUGCACCAAAUCGGGAGAGGUUAUCAUCUAUCAGGAUCAAACAAAAAUGAGAGGUUAAAUGAUGCUGUAAAAUGUGUAAGUGCUUUUAAUCUGUUUAAAUAUGUGUGUGCCAGUGGUUUAUUUGGUGAGUUUGUUUCUUUGUUCAGUCA